CCAAACCAGCACAUUAAAUGUAACCCCUCACGGAUGAUGUCACCUCAAAGACAACACCAUGAGUCUGCCCACUGGAAUCUGGUCUGAAACUGGACUUUACCCUCCUCUUCCUGACCCAUGGAGAGGUCAAGAGAACGUGACCACAGAGCCAGUGGAGAUCCUGAGGAUCAGCUUCCAUUGGCUCCCAAGAUCAGGCCCAUGGACUUCUCCAUAGACGGCACUAAGAGAAGAGAGUACCAAGGACUCAGUCUCUUGAAACCAGUCGAGGAAGAUGGUCUCGGGUUCUUGUUUGGAAGUCCGAGCAGAGGAGUGUGGCUACCUGUAUGUCUUUGACUGAAAACGGUUCUCCUCUGGGAGAAUGUUGUCUUCUACCAAGCGGACCGAUUCCAGAGGCAUACACAGGAGCAGUGAGGGGGGAAUGAGAUGCUCAUCUACCCAGCCAGAUCGGCCACGUCAGCCCUGGCAAUCAUGGAGUAACAGAGGGUACUGUCGGAUCACCAUCACAUCUCACUUCACAUUCUUGAAACGUGGGAGCAGAAACCCAGGUGCAAAAGGACCACGAAGGAUGGGAGAAGGGGACCCGUGUCAGGAAUGGAAACGCCCGAGCUAUGGGGAGCCUGGUACUUGGAUACGGGACACCCUGGACCGAUAGCCGGGUGAAAGUAUGGGCCAGAAGAAAGUAUGGGCCAAUGUCCCAGCAUCCCAGACAGAGUUUCCUCAGGAGAUGGAUGAUAGAUGAAACCCAGGCAUGCCCUAUAUCAAAAGGAAGGGCACCCUGCCCAGGAAGGCAGAACAAAGAGUAUUUAUCAACAAACAGUCAUCAAAUGCCUAUACCAGGUUGCACCCCUUGUGGUAGCCUGAGAACUCCAGGGAGGUGCAACAUCAGCACUGUCUAUCCAGUGGAAAGCAUUGAGGGGCUAAUCUCACAGAUGCAAGAUAAGUGAUGUGACCUCGAACUCAUCUGCUGGGGAAGUCCAGAGGCAGCAAUUAGCUAGUGGAGUAAAAAAACGUUGCAAAAGAGGCAAAGUUGAAAUCAAAAUUGGCCAGACCUUGUCAGGACAUUUCAGGCUGAGGUGUAUUCCUGCCCCCAUCCCCAGCAGCAGCCAAGGAGCCAGGCGUGGAAGACAUGGGGAUGGUGGCCCUGGCCCCUCUGGCUGACAUGCUGAACGGCCCACAGCUCGGUUCUGCAGCAGGCUCCCUUAUCAACCCCCUGGCGGCCCCUCUCAACCCGCUGCUCUCCGGCCAAAUGCCCUUGGCGCAGAACAGUCAAUUCGCCAGUCUCGUGUCGUGCCCCCUGAGCAGCCACCUGACCAGUCCCCUUGCCGUCUCUCCAGGGGCCACCUUGGCCAGCUCUCUGGGCUUACCCGCGACUGGACCCCUGGGCAGUCACUUGGGCGGUCCCAUGGCUGUCCCCCCUGGGACCAGUCUGGCCAGCUCACUGGGCCUGACCUCCACUGGCUCCCUGACGACCAACAGCCGGCUGGCGGGCCCCCUGGCUGUAUCUCAGAGCAGCCCCCUCAUGGCUCCCCUGGCGGGCACGGUGGCAGUCUCUCUGAGCAGCCCCCUCCUCUCCUCCACGGCUACCCCUCUAGGUGUUUCUCAGAACAUUCUGCCCAACCCCAUAAACAACCUAGCGCUGUCAGAGGCCCCAAGGGUGCGGCUAGCGGAGCCACCCCGAGGAAGCCUCUCCGGAGCCUCAGCCGGGGCAGGGCCAGCCACCGCCUCCAAAGUCACCGGUGAGCACCCCCAGCCGAGCCAGGACUCAGAGCCCCUCAACAUGAUGUUUGUGGGUGCGCCCCUCCAGACCUCCACCCCCAUGAGCACCAUGGCCACAUCCGGUCCCACAACAAAUUUCUAUGCCGCCACGGAUACCCGGACCCAAACUGGUGUUCUCCAGGGACAAAUUACCCUCACCUCUGUCCCAAACUCCCCAACAGGCUCUCCUGCUUGCACAGUCCCCAACUCUUCCCCGACACCUGCCCCCCAAGGAGCUGGAAACUAUUCCCCUUCAAGAAACUCCCCCACCAGGGCGCACCAGUCCCCUACCCGGCCCGUGCCCAACCCCCAUUCUCCUCCACGCAACCCCCACUCCCCGCCCCGCACCUCAUCCUCUCCGGCUUCAGUCAAUGACACCCGCGGUUCACGCGCCGUGGAACAGUCUCGGAAGAGUAUCCUGGAGAUAGAGCGGAAGAUGGCCCACCGCAAGUGUAACAAGUUCCCUGACAGUUCCCGAGACUCAAAGCAACUAGCCUGGGAGAGGCUGGUGGGGGAGAUCGCCUUCCAGCUAGACCGAAGAAUCCUGUCCAGCAUCUUCCCAGAGCGCGUGCGCCUCUAUGGCUUCACUGUCUCCAACAUUCCAGAGAAGAUCAUCCAGGCCUCCCUAAACCCCAGUAACCACAAGCUGGAUGAGGACCUAUGCCAGACACUCACACAGCGCUAUGUGAGCAUCAUGAACAGACUGCAGAGUCUGGGCUACAAUGGACGGGUGCAUCCGGCACUGACGGAGCAGCUGGUGAACGCAUACGGCAUCUUGCGCGAGCGGCCUGAGCUGGCAGCGUCUGAAGGCGGCUCCUACACUGUGGACUUCUUGCAGCGUGUGCUGGUGGAAACAGUGCACCCCAGCAUGCUCACUGAUGCUCUCCUGCUGCUCUCCUGCCUUAACCAGCUGGCCCAUGAUGACGGCAAACCCAUGUUCAUCUGGUAACUGGGGUGCCCGGCUGGGCCCAGGCUCACUUCGCCCUGCAGGCCAUUGUAGAUGGCCAUUAAAGUUUCCCACAGACACGA